UUUUGGAAACUGACAGUGUUGCUAAACGUCAAUUCACAAAAUAGCAUUGCUUUAAUUACGGUGAUAAUUACGGUAUUCUUUAAUUUUUCACGUGUAUUGCUAACAUUCUGCUAGAUAAAAUUUGAAUAUGUUUGAAUAUAUCGCGUAUCUGCCCAGUUACUAAAACUCAUUCAUUCAUUCGAGCGCUCUAUUAAAAUCUUUCAAGUAUUUAUUUCUGUUUUUUCAUAUGAUGUUUGAAUAUCUAACUUCUGGCAACGCUUUAAAACAAUUGUUCAGGCACAGUUAAAAAACACUAUUAGGAUAUUGAUACAAAUUGUUUAGUAGUUUUUAUAAAGAACAUGGAUGAAAAUCUGCUUGUUCCAACCGAAAUAUUUAGGGAGAGGAUACGUAUUUACGCUAAUGGCCAGCGCGAACACCAACGUGAACAUUCACGCGAUUCGCUUCGUUUUGGUUUGGGCGAAAUCAAAGAACGCGUUCAAUUUCUGGAUAACUUAAAUGAAAAAGAUGUUUUAGGGCUCGCUAAACGUAUUAAACGGCGAAAACGUGCCACACCAGAGGACAUGUAUCGUCUGUCUCAUGCCUUUUUACAGGAUUUAGAAAACAUAAAAGUCUUUAAUAAAACACCAGGGGCUUUACAAAUAAUAAUUAAAGAGCUAACGGGAAAGAGUUCAGAAUGUCAAAUUAGCGCCGCUGAAUGCUUAUGUAAUUUCUCCUUGGGCGAUGCUCCAGUAUGUGAGAAAAUCGCUUCACUAGCUGGCAGUUACUUGGUGACAUAUUUGCAUAGUUCUGAAAUUCAAUUAGUACGUUUAUGUUUAUGGACGUUCGCAAAUAUUUUGGCCACUAGCUCUAAAGGUGCACAAACUUGCUUACAAAUGCAAUUAAUACCACAACUAUGGAAGCUUUACAUAGGUGACGAAAUAGCCGAUCCUUCAAUGGAUUGUAAAGAAGACUCAGCAAUAUGCUUACAAAUAAUUGCUUUAAAUUAUGCAGCUGAUUUGAACGAAAGGGACAUGGAAUUUCUGUUGCAACACGCCAACGAAAAGAAUCCAACGUGCCUACCUAAUGAAUAUCAUUUACAAAUUAUUUUUCAGCUAUUGUUCACUCAAGAAGAAACAGUUGCAAAUUUUCCCGAAAACUUAAUAACAUAUUUAAUUAGUUAUUCUCUUAGUAAUAUCAAUAAUACUGCAGAACUUUCGGGCGUCAAGGAAAAUUUAAUGGUACUUUACGCGAUACGCAUUCUUGGUAACAUAGUUUGCAUACCUUCUUCGUACGCGAAGUUAUUGCAAGAAUUAUCAAGCGUUUGGCAAAUAAAUUUAACCGGAUUUUUGAAUAAAUUAUUUAAUUAUAAAAGUCCCCCAAUAAGUUUGGAAAUUUUAUGGUUUUUGAAAAACGUUUUAAGACAAGAGGAAAACAAUGCUACUUUCGAUAUCAAUUUAUUAGAAAAAUUGCAAAUAAAACGUGAAUGGUUUAGCAACUAAUGCAAAAGAACGGUUGAAUUAUUAGCUCGUUUUCAUGUAUCCGUUUCUGGUAGCUAGAACCAUAUAUAUAUCUUUGAGGGAAAAUAAAAAUUGUAAUAAUCUGGAGACAUUAUUAGCUAUCACGCUGGGUGUAUUGAAUUUAAUCCUUUUGCAUGGAAAUUAGGCAAUACCAUUCAAUUGAUAAAUGUUUUUUCAAAUCGUGUGACUAUUACCGAUAAGGUCCACUGUACCUAUACCUUAAAAGAAAAAUGAAUUUAAAGCAAAAUAUGUUAAAUGCGAAAGUAUGGAAACCAAGACAUCGGCGUACUGUAUUUAUAUCAACGUAAAUAAUGGAAUUUUUUUAUACAAUUUAACUGAAUUCUGCAAAUGAAUUGUAACGUAUUAUUAUAAUUAUAAGUUUUCAGCGCUGUUAAUAAAGUAGCUCGGAAAAAUUGACUAGAACUCUUAUUUGAAAUGCUGGCAACUAUGAAUGAAUCCGACAUGGAAUAGUCAUAUGGCGUAUUUCGUCGGGGGAUUCCCAGAUAUAAAGGUAGACUAUGUGAAUAACAACUUUUGACAAUACCAUAAACCUUGAUAAUAAAGCUAUUAAGCCAAAAAUCUUUGUGAAA